AUGAUUGCUGCGGCGUUUUUGGUCUUAUUGAGACCGUAUAGUAUUCAAGUUGUUUUGUUAUUAUUGCUGCUAUUGCUGGGAACUAUUGCAACAAUUCUCUUUUUCUGUUGCUGGCAUCGGAGGCUUCGUAACGGGAAACAUCCUAUAAAAUCUGUGCUUUCAGGGCGCUCAAGGAGUCGCGGUGAGUAGAGGCGUCAGCAUCUCCAAGUAGUGCGGCUAAUCCACCAAACCAAAUGCGUGGCAUGUCUGUAAUAUUUUCAAACAUAUUCACACGAUAACCUGUUAAAUAGGUUACAACCUAAACUGUACCCUGUGCUAUUUUUAGCGACUUGUUACACUUGAAUUGCCAUUAUUUUCAGCAGAUAAACAUAGCCGACAGGCUACAGUUUAGACUGCUAUGUGCAUAGCCUUGAGGAUGAAAUCAUCUAUUAGGCUACUGUCAGUGUCCACCUUAUUCACAGGUGUACUGUAACGUACACAGUCUUAAUUUGUCUAAUGGUAGCCUAUGAUAUCCUAAAUGUAGCCAUAGACAAUACGCGUCAUAUGGGAUGUGUUUGAAGGUAUCCGAGUGUGCUAGAAAAUAUUUUCAUUUGUCCUAGAAGCUGGUCUCCGGAAGCAUCAUUUUCGAUCAGAGGUAAUCAAUCAUUGGUUAGACAAUUACUUCUGUCAAGGUCAGUAGGUAGCCAUUUUUUAUUACUCCAAAUACAAGAUUGUGAAGGAAGUAUAAUGGUGCUCUGUGCUACUUUUAUUAUACUUUACCGGUAUACUUUUUGGAGUUGUGCUAUUGUUAGACUUAGUCAUGCGCAUUGCGCAUGUGUGAUCAAUAAAUCAAGUGACUAAUUCUGCACUUUCUGCAGCUUGACUGUAAUUCUGAAAAAAAUAUCCACGUUGUAAUGAAAAAUGACAAAAUAUGCCUAUAUAGGCUAUAACAAAUGGAACAUUAAAAACCAACUACAUUGAACAAAAAUAUAAACGCAACACGAGUUACAGUUCAUAUAAGGAAAUCAGUCAAUUGAAAUAAAUGCAUUAGGCCUAAUCUAUGGAUUUUACAUGACUGGGAGUACAGAUUUGUACCUUAAAAAAACACACCUACUCAUUCCAGGGUUUUUCUUUAUUUUUUUAAACUAUUUUCUACAUUGUAGAAUAAUAGUGAAGAUAUCAAAACUAUGAAAUAACACAUAUGGAAUCAUGUAGUAACCAAAACAUUGUUAAACAAAUCAAAAUAUAUUUUAGAUUCUUCAAAGUAGCCACCCUUUGCCUUGAUGACAGCUUUGCACACUCUUGGCAUUAUCUCAACCAGCUUCAUGAGGUAGUCACCUGGAAUGCAUUUGAAUUAACAGGUGUGCCUUGUUAAAAGUUAAUUUGUGGAAUUUCUUUCCUUCUUAAUGCGUUUGAGCCAAUCAGUUGUGUUGUGACAAGGUAGGGGUGGUAUACCGAAGAUAGCCCUAUUUGGUAAAAGACCAAGUCCAUAUUAUGGCAAGAACAGCUCAAAUAAGCAAAGAUAAACGACAGUCCAUCAUUACUUUAAGAAUUUCAAGAACUUGAAAGUUUCUUCAAGUGCAGUCGCAAAAUCAAUCAAGCGCUAUGGUGAAACUGACCCUCAUGAGGACCACCACAGGAAAGGAAGACCCGGAGUGACCUCUGCUGCAGAAGAUAAAUUCAUUAGAAUUAACUGCACCUCAGAUUGCAGCCCAAAUAAAUGCUUCACAGAGUUCAAGUAACAGACACAUCUCAACAUCAACUGUUCAGAGGAGACUGCGUGAAUCAGGCCUUCAUGGUCGAAUUGCUGCAAAGAAACCACUAGUAAAGGACACCAAUAACAAGAAGAGACUUGCUUGGGCCAAGAAACACGAGCAAUGGACAUUAGACCGGUGGAAAGCUGUCCUUUGGUCUGAUAAGUCCAAAUUUGAGACUUUUGGUUCCAACCGCCAUGUCUUUGUGAGACACAGAGUAGGUAAACGGAUGAUCUCCGCAAGUUUGGUUCCCACUGUGAAGCAUGGAGGAGGAGGUGUGAUGGUGUGGGGGUGCUUUGCUGGUGAGACUGUCUGUGAUUUAUUUAUUUAGAAUUCAAGGCACACUUAACCAGCAUGGCUACCACAGCAUUCUGCAGCAAUACGCCAUUCCAUCUGGUUUGCGCUUAGCGGGACUAUCAUUUGUUUUUAAACAGGACAAAUACCCAACACACACCUCCAGGCUGUGUAAGGGCUAUUUGACCAAGAAGGAGAGUGAUGGAGUGCUGCAUCAGAUGACCUGGCCUCCACAAUCAUCCGACCUCAACCCAAUUGAGAUGGUUUGGGAUGAGUUGGACCGCAGAGUGAAGGAAAAGCAGCCAACAAGUGCUCAGCAUAUGUGGGAACUCCUUCAAGACUGUUGGAAAAGCAUUCCAGGUGAAGCUGGUUGAGAGAAUGCCAAGAGUGUGAAAAUCUGUCAUCAAGGCAAAAGGGGGCUACUUUGAAGAAUCUCAAAUUUGAUUUGUUUAACACUUUUUUGGUUACUACAUGAUUCCAUAUGUGUUAUUUCAUAGUUUUGAUGUCUUCACUAUUAUUCUACAAUGUAGAAAAUAGUAAAAAUAAAGAAAAACCCUUGAAUGAGUAGGUGUGUCCAAACUUUUGACUGGUACUGUAGAUCCAGAGCAUCCCAAACAUGCUCAAUGGGUGAGCAUGCAGGCCAUGGAAGAACUGGGAAAUGUUCAGCUUCCAGGAGUUGUGUACAGAUCCUUGCGACAUGGGGCCAUGCAUUAUCAUACUGAAACAUGAGGUGAUGGCGCCGAAUGAAUGGCACGACAAUGGGCCUCAGGAUCUCGUCACAGUAUCUCUGUGCAUUCAAAUUGCUAUCAAUAAAAUGCAAUUGUGUUAAUUUUCCAUAGCUUAUGCCUGCCUGCCCAUACCAUAACCCCACCGCCACCAUGGGGCACUCUGUUCACAAUGUUGACAUCAGCAAACCACUCAUCCACACAACGCCGUAUACGCUGUCUGCCAUCUACCUGGUACAGUUGAAACUGGGAUUAAUCCAUGAAGAGCAGAUUGAAGGUGAGCAUUUGCCCACUGAAGUCGGUUACGACGCCGAACUGCAGUCAGGUCAAGACCCUGGUGAGGAUGACAAGCACGCAGAUGAGUUUCCCUGAGACUGUUUCUGUGCAGAAAUUCUUCAGUCGUGCAAACCCACAGUUUCAUCAGCUUUCCGGGUGGCUGGUCUCAGACGGACGAUCCCGCAGGUGAAGAAGCCAGAUGUGGAGGUCCUGGGCUGGCUUGGUUACACGUGGUCUGCGGUUGUGAGGCCGGUUGGACGUACUGCCAAAUUCUCUAAAACAAUGUUUCUGGUAGAGAAAUUAACAUUAAAUUAUCUGGCAACAGCUCUGCGGUCAGCAUGCCAAUUGCACGCGCCCUCAAAACUUGAAGCAUCUGUGGCAUUGUGUUGUGUGACAAAACGGCACAUUUUAGAGUGCCCUUUUAUUGUCCCCAGCGCAAGGUGCACCUGUGUAAGCCUAUUCCCCCUCAGGAGACUUGGCAUGGGUCCUCAGAUUCUCAAAAAGUUAUACAGCGGCACCAUCGAGAGCAUCCUGACUGGUUGUAUCACUGCCUGGUAUGGCAACUGCUCGGCCUCCGACCACAAGGCACUACAGAGGGUAGUGUGUACGGCCCAGUAUAUAACUGGGGCCAAGCUUCCUGCCAUCCAGGACCUCUAUACCAGGCGGUGUCAGAGGAAGGCCCUAAAAAUUGUCAAAGACUCCAGCCACCCUAGUCAUAGACUGUUCUCUCUGCUACCGCACGGCAAGCGGUACCGGAGCACCAAGUCUAGGUCCAAAAGGUUUCUUAACAGCUUCUACCCCCAAGCCAUAAAGACUCAAGAACAACUAAUCAAAUGACUACCCAGACUAUUUGCAUUGAUUUGAUUUGUAAUGAUCAUGCUGCUUAAUCAGAUUCUUGAUAUGCCACACCUGUCAAGUGGUUGGAUUAUCUUGGCAAAGACGAAAUGCACACUAACAGGGAUGUAAACAAAUGUGUGCACAAAAUUGAAGGGAAAUAAGCUUUUUGUGCAAAUGGAACAUUUCUGGGAUAUUUUAUUUCAGCUCAUGAAACAUGGAACCAACACUUUACAUGUUGCAUUUAUAUUUUUGUUCAGUGUACUUAAUUACACGAUUAACCUAUUAGGCCCUAUAGCAAUACGAAACCCUAGUUUCAUCCAUGAAUUGGAAUAUGUGUCAGUGUGAUCCAUAAUAAUACAUUGUUCAUCCAACUGGUUAAAUGUCUCAAGCAUAUUAAACGAUUUCAGCAUAUUCUUCUCUCUCCUUUUGGACAUGAUGUGCCAUGUUUUUACAGGGCUUCAGGCACAGCCCGCGCCAUGCCAGGAGGGCGCGCGCUCGAGUUGCAGAGGAAAAGCCUCUUGUCGAAAUUCCCGAGAGUGAUCAUCAGAGUGACUCAUCCACAACUGUGAGAAAACGAAAAGUGAAGAAGAGAGUCCUUCCGGACUUCUAUCACUCAGUACAAGUUACCCCAACACGCAAACCCGUAGGUAUAUUAUUGGGUAAUAUUGCCUAAUGCCAGCAGCCAUAGUCAUUUAUGCUAUCCAUUUUAAAUUAAAUCUGCCAUGGUCAAUAAACACUAGGCCGAUUUAUUUUAUAUUUUUCAAUUUACAAAUAUAGGCUACAUCGAUUAUAUGGGUCCUUAAAUGAAUUACCAAUCAAGUAACCAAUUUAAAAUGCGCUCAUAAUCCCCAUUGACAUCGAUGCAAUGGAUGGUUUUUACGCGGCAGUUUGCCUUCAAUAGUUUGGCCUUCUGUACCACAUCAUGGCCUUGGUACGCUGUUAUUCAAAAAGCUAUUGCAGCUUGAAAUGUUAUGAACACUGACAAAUGUUAAAGUUAAAGCCUUGAAAUGUAUGCAACUUUUUGAUAUUGCCCAUGUUGUCAUUUUGCAUGUUGACACACGCACCAAACAAACAUUUGACAUAUACCAUGCCAUAAUGUUGCUGCAACUGAAUUAUUCUCGAUUAUUUAUAUUAACAAUCAUCUCCAUUGUAGGCUACAACCCUUAAACCUCACCAUAUGCCAAACUCAUUAGGCUACUGGGGGGGAAAACAGGAUGUAGUCCUAUAAAAUGAAUGUUGGUGCAUGUGUGUUUUUUGAUGUCUACAUUUUCUUAGUUUACUCUGUAUAAAUCUAGCUCAGUAUGGACUUUCAAGUUACAACUGACUAUCAUGAAGUUACUGAAACGAUGUAUAGACCUAUUUGUGUUAUGAUUACGUUGUUUCAAAUGGCCAAUAUUACAAUUACCUCUAGAAUAAAAAAAAAUAGUGUAUGCCUAUUAGUAAUAGAUCCUCAGUGUCAAUUUGAAUGUUUAUUUUCCCAAAUGUAUAAUGUUUGGUUUCUGUAAACAUUAACAUUUACUGAUAGAUCCUUUUCUCUUGUAUCCUCAAGUUCUCAAGAAAUAUCUUGAUUCUUAAUUUAUUAUUCAAUGGAUGGUAAUAGCAAUAGACUACCAUUGAACAGUUAAAGAAAAUAUAUUCUAAAUUGCUAUGGGACUUUUUCAAUUCACAGGUAAGAAAGUAUGAAGCAAAUAUUAACCCACCACAUAAUUGCAAUUUUUAAUGUCUUGUUUCUGACAAUUCUGGGUGUUGUAGUCUUGUAGGAAGGUAUAUGGAGAAAGUUAUUACCAAUAUUCAACGCUAUUGACUUGUAACCGAGGAAAAAGUAAGUUGAGUAAGGCUUGCUGGUUGCUGGUGAAUGGUGACUCACCAAGUAUGUGGCGGGCGGGCCUGGCAAUCUCUUAAAACAAGUGUUUAGUUAUGCUUUGUUUGAGGUGGUGGGUUUCUCCUGAUGCUAUGGUCACAAUAAAGAGAAUAUGGGCCGAAGCGUUGUAGGACCUUUAAGUAGCUGUCCAGUCUUUCCAGAUUUCUAUGAAAUAUGACCUAUAUUUAAUUAAAAUAUGAGUUAAAUAGUUUUCCAUCCAAUAAAUGGCAAUUAAGUAUGUUAAAAAGCAGCUUUUCUGUGUUGGAAUGGAGUGUCGUCGUACCCCAACAACAGUGGUGUGGCCAUAUAGCGGUCAUAAAAAAUAUAUGGAGUGGCUGCGGUCUGGAAAAGUCGGCUCUGCAGCCACAGCCUUAAAAAUAUUAAUGCCAGUAGACCGCUGAUUGGCCAGCUCAUCCUCCUCAGGAGGAUGACAUCAUCCUCCAUGAGGAAAUAGCAAGCAUUUUUUAAACAAUCUGUUUGAGAUACCAGUUUGAGGUGAGGUUUUUGAAGUGUUUUUUUCUCCAAUUUAUGCUUUGGCCACAAAUAUGAAUAUAGGAUGAGUCACCUCCAUUGUUUGGGUAUGAGUUAACAGAAUAUGAUAUUUCAAAAGUGAGAUUUUCACUGGACAGUUACUUUAACCCAACACCUAGCGACCCCAUCAAGAGGUUUGUACCUCUUGUCUUAACGGUUAAGGUGUUGGGUCCUGGUCAGGGCAACCCCCUGAUUUCGCUACAAUAGGAUAUGACCAUGACUCAGUAGUCUAAAACCUUGAAGUGAUUUUGGUCCUGAGAUUAUUUUACUAUUGAUAUUUGGAGGGUAUAACAAAGAUUGAUGAUCACUCAAAUGCAAUAAAUUCAAAGCCAAAGUUCAUGGAUCGUUAUAUUUAAGUCAUAUUUUACAAGUCAUAUCAUGCAUUGUUUGCACCAUUUCAAGCACGAUUGCUCUCACCAUUGAGCAAGAGAAUGCUUUGUUGAUAGACCCUCAGGCCACAGUAAAUGGUCACAAUCCAUGGUGGGAACAGGUUGGUGAUUGUGAAAUCACCCAAAGGUAAUUGUCAAUGUCCUACUCUUGUUCAGAUUGCAAACAGCAAUGAUGUUCUAUAAUUUUGCAAUCGAAGUCAACAUGUGACUGGUAUGCCCUUUUGCUAUUUGACCAGACACACCAUGUCUGGAUGUGUCAACACAUGCUGUGGCUAAGUAUUUGUUAUGUACCUGCUCCAUUACCCUAUCCCAGGGCCCAGGCAGACAGCCUACAGACAGAGCCAGGCAGACACACAGACACAGGGAGACAGAGCAAGGUUGUAAUGAAUAAGCCUACAGAACCCAGAUCUUUUUUCAUUUAUAUUGAUGAUAAGGAUAGUGCUCUAAAAUUGCACAUUCAUUGUCAACUAGCAACUAAUCAAUGGCACACAGAGCAGGCACAUGCGCACCAGGCACUAAAACAACAACCCGGCUGUGCAUGGCUGAUGAGACCAGGCUGAUGAUAAAAGGAUGUUCAUGUACCAGUCUGGAUUUCUGAUUGGUUUUCGACCGUAAACGUGGAGGCUACGCAGUCACCACUAGACACGCACCCACCCACCCAGGAUGGCGCUGUAACACCGCGACAUUGGCCACAGUUUGCCGAUUGAAUAAUCAGGACUAGAGCGCUGGGAUCCUCUAGUCUCCAUCCCUCCUCUUCUGUAUCCUAGGAUGGUGACGCGUUGACAUGCUACAGUUCUCGCAUCGUAUUCUACCCUCCCUGGCCCAAUCUAUUCACACCUGCUCUGGGGACUUGACAUCAUUUCGGGGUCUCAUCCCAAAGGGGAGACUUCACUAAUUUAAUGGGCAGAGUGCAUCGCUAGAAGGGUGUGGUUGACAUAGCCUGCCGCUGUCUGAGCUUGCAGCAAAUGGAUAAAGGAUUUCGAUAUUAUUCAACCGAUACCAUGUAUACAGCGGUAAGUCUUAUUUCUGGCCUGGCGGGGGAGCCAGAUACAAUAGAUUUUCAUUCUUGCUGCCUGCGUGUGCUUUUUCUUUUUUAUUGUUGAAUCAGAGAUCAUUGCUAGGCGAGCUGGUGGCUCACGCUACGGUGCCUCCCUGGAGCUAUCAAUGUGCAUUUACAUUAGGCUACGCGCAUCAGUUUAGGCAAUCGUAGGAGCAGCGAUGGUGAGAAAUGUUACAUUGUGUCUGUCUGACUGUGCUCGUAUGUGUGUUGUCAUAUUUGUGUUGCGAGGGAGCGAGCAACACAUUCAUCAUUUAUUUCUAUUGUUUUAACAGAGCUCCGGUUCGGGCAACGCUUCCUUUCACUGUUCCAUGUCUUCAUCGGCCGAUUUCUCGGACGAAGAUGAUUAUAGUAUUAAAUCUGGGUCGGUCUCACCGGCACCAGGGGACACGUUACCCUGGAACCUACCCAGGCACGAGCGACAUAAGCGAAAAAUUCAGGGAGGAUCCGUUUUGGAUCCAGCAGAGAGAGCUGUGCUCAGGAUUGCA